UUAGAAAGGUCAUAAAUAGUCUAACAAAUAUUUACAAGCGUUUGGUAGUGUUUGUUAAUGCAAAUGUAACAUAUUAAGGUCCCUAAUAUGUAUGUAUGUUUAGUUUAAGUUGAGAGGUUUUCUGUAGUUCAAAUACGACCAAACGGUGUAUGAGCUGUUAAAAAGUAAAAAGUAAAUUACCGCUUCGCCUUUUCGCUCAGCUGGUCAUUUAAUCAGUUAGUUAGUUAGCAGCUAGCAGCUAGCCUCAGCAGCUGGUCGCCAUGGCUGCAGUUAUUCUGAGUUUCCCAACUCUGCAGAGCCUGAGGAUCUUUACACAAAAAUUGACAUGGACCAAAAGAGGUGUGAGGCUAGUUUCAGGAGGGGUAGGAAGAAUAGAGAAGGUGCUGAUUGCCAAUCGAGGAGAGAUUGCGUGUCGUGUGAUGCGCACGGCCAAGAAGAUGGGCGUCCGCUCUGUGGCUGUGUACAGUGAUGCAGACAGAGACUCCAUGCAUGUGGCCAUGGCAGAUGAAGCCUACCACAUCGGCCCUGCGCCCUCCCAGCAGAGUUACCUCUCCAUGGAGAAAGUCUUAGAAGUUGCCAAGAUGUCAGGAUCACAUGCGGUCCACCCUGGUUAUGGCUUUCUGUCAGAAAACACAGAGUUUGCGGAGGCAUGUAAACAGGAGGGCAUCAUCUUCAUUGGGCCACCUUCCUCUGCCAUCCGAGACAUGGGCAUUAAAAGCACAUCCAAACACAUCAUGUCAGCUGCUGGGGUGCCAAUCGUAGGCGGCUACCAUGGAGAGGACCAAUCAAAUGAGAGGCUGCAAGCAGAGGCUGUCCAGAUAGGAUACCCCGUGAUGAUUAAGGCAGUCCGUGGAGGAGGAGGGAAGGGGAUGCGUAUUGCACCGUCAGACUCCGACUUCUUGGAGCAGUUGGAGUCAGCGAGACGAGAAGCCAGGAAAUCCUUCAACGAUGAUGUCAUGCUAAUUGAGAAGUUUGUAGAGGAUCCCAGACAUGUGGAGGUUCAGGUGUUCGGGGACAUGCACGGUAACGCUGUCUAUCUGUUUGAGAGAGACUGCAGCGUCCAAAGGAGACAUCAGAAGAUCAUAGAGGAAGCACCAGGGCCUGAUAUUAGUCCGGAGGUCCGGAGGAAACUUGGAGAGGCAGCAGUUAAAGCAGCCAAGGCUGUCAACUAUGUCGGGGCAGGUACAGUUGAGUUUAUAAUGGACGCCCAGCAUAACUUUUACUUCAUGGAGAUGAACACCAGGCUGCAGGUGGAGCAUCCUGUCUCUGAGAUGAUCACUGGAACUGACCUGGUGGAGUGGCAGCUCAGGGUGGCAGCAGGAGAGCGCCUGCCUCUCCUCCAGGAUGACAUCAUUUUAAGUGGACACUCUUUUGAGGCUCGUAUCUACGCAGAGGACCCAAACAAUGACUUCCUUCCAGGGGCGGGGCCUCUGCUGCAUCUCUCCACCCCGUCACCAGAUCAACACACGCGCAUAGAGACUGGAGUCAGGGAAGGGGAUGAGGUGUCGGCACAUUAUGACCCAAUGAUAGCCAAGCUUGUGGUGUGGGGAGAAGACCGAUCUGCUGCCUUAAAGAAGCUGCGUUACUGCUUACGACAGUACAAUAUUGUGGGACUGAACACUAACAUUGACUUUUUGCUGAGUCUUUCGGGCCACCCGGAGUUUGAGGCUGGAAACGUGACCACCAGCUUCAUCCCUCAGCACUACGCGGACCUCUUCCCCGCUCCGAAGGCUCCCUCUGGGGAAUCCAUCUGCCAGGCGGCCCUGGGCCUGGUGCUGCAGGAGAGGAAACACACACAGGAGUUCACACAGACCUCCACUGACCCCUUCUCGCCAUUUGGCUCCAGCAGCGGCUGGAGAAGCAACAUUGAGUUUAACAGAAACAUGACGCUACAGCUGGGAGACAAAAAAGUUGAUGUGGUCGUCGUGUACAACAAAGAUGGCAGCUACACAAUGAAGAUUGGCGAGGAGGUGUACCAUGCGACUGGGGAGGUGGAGCUGGAAGGUGGAGCAUCAUUCCUUCACUGUUCUGUCAAUGGCGUGAAGUCUCGUCCCAAACUGGUGAUCCUGGACAACACAGUGCACCUGUUCUCCAUGGAGGGAAGCUCCCAGGUCUCUGUCCCAGUGCCCAAGUAUCUGGCUGGCGUGAGCGGCUCUGGGGCUCAGGGUGGAGCUGUGGCCCCCAUGACAGGAACCAUAGAGAAGGUGAUGGUGAAGGCCGGAGACACAGUGGCUGUAGGAGACCCGCUGAUGGUCAUGAUUGCCAUGAAGAUGGAGCAUACGAUCCGGGCGCCCAAGUCCGGUGUGAUCAAGAGGGUAUUCUUCACCGAGGGCUCUCAGGCCAAUCGCCACGCUCCUCUGGUCGAAUUCGAAGAGGAGGCGGAGGAAGAGGAGGGGAGCAGCCAGUGAACAGACUCAAAACACACAACCACACCCAUGAAUACACACUGACAGGUAGGAGCCGGAACUAGUUACAGCUGGAGGGAAAGUGAGUCAGUCUGAACGGGGUUGGUGUCCAUCACUUGAUUAGUAUUUCUGAAAAUGCGAGUUAGGACCUGAAUCAUCUGUUGGGAGAGUCUGGUUAAGUCUUGAAUGGAUUAGACAAAUACUUUGGCCGAAAGGUCGGAAACGGUGACCUAAAAUGUUUCUGGGUUUGACUUGUGAGACAGCCAGUGAGUAAAUAAUCUCUUCUGUACAGUUGCCUUUUAAACAUCAGAUUAUUUUCUUUAUGUUAAUUGUAGAACUUUUGUGUGUUUAUAUGUUUGAAUCAGUGAAGCUAUGGCAACUUGUGUUUGCAAUUUUAUUCCAAGUCUCUUCCCUCUGCGUUUCUGUUAGUUGUGUAGUGUUUGUUUAAUUACGGUUCACUCCCGAAAUGACGCGUACUCGGAUAGCUGCAGACACCACAUCAGACAAAAGACUUGCAGAGUUAUGCCACAGUGGGCUAUAGGAAUAGUUACAAAAAGCUUAUUUACAGAGUGAAUACCAUCAACUUGUAAUUCUUUAUAACAUGUUUGCCUGGGGGGAAAAAGGCCAUGAAGUUAUUGUCACUGUUCGGUAGAACCAUGCAUCUAAAAUUGUGUGAAUUUAAACAUUUUCUGAUAGUUACAUGCUGCUUUAUAAGUUUAGAAAACUGUCCUACCACUUGUAAAUAUCAUUAAACCUUCCAGUAUUUAAAAAUGCAUUGCCACUAAGCUUAAAUGCACGGUCACACAGGCACGAAUGCAGACAACUAAUCAUCGCUUGCUGAGGUGAUUUUCGAAUUGAAAGUUCACCGGGAAUGUGAAUUUGCUUUGCAACUGGAAGCAAAUGUUUUUUCUGCCCUUCGCUCACGUAGAAUGAAAGUGAAAGGGAGGCGAUUGUUAAUUUUACUCGUGUGACCGGGCUUUAAAGCAAUACUGUUUUUCUUAUUCAUCAAGAAAUGACACUUUGAAGCUGCAUGGCUUUCACUGGACAGUGAUUUUAAGAGGAAAGUUAUAUGUAAAAUUAUUUUUGGUGGGGUUUGUUGAUGUUCAGUUUUUCAACAUCCACACAUUCUGUCGUUCCAUACUGACUCCAAACUCUCCAUCGUUAACCCCUGAGGCCUGUACUACGAAGCAGGAUUUAGGAUUAGUGAGGCAACAGGUAACCCUGGGUUUUCCGCCCUACGACGGUGGUUCACUUCUUACCGGGCCUCUGAAGUGGGCUUGCCCUUAUAAAUAAAGCAGAGGUAGGCCCUGUUGUUGUAGAGGAGAUUGUAACACUGAGGAGAAAUGCCUUUAGAAUCAGGAGGCAGAAAAACACUCCAUAAUUGUCAAACGGAUUUGGCUCUGAUUUGAAAAUAAGGAUGAAAUGUCGGUCACAGACGGCUUUAAACAGACAGAUGGUUUGUUUCUGUGUAAAUCCGUAAUCACUCCAAGUGAACUUGACCUGUUUCUGCUGAUCACUGUCUUCUGACUAACUGGUGUGUUAUGAGGCCUUGUAGACUAGAACUGUGUAAAUUUUGUAGAUGAUUUAAAAAGCAAUAUUGGUCUGGUGUAAUAAAAAGAUUUCAAAAGUA